UCUCUCUCUCUCUCUCUCUCUCUCUCUGGACUGUACUGUGAAAACAGGCAGUACUGCGCUGUCCUGUUGUGGGGCGCGAGCAGGGAUCAUACCCUCGUCAUUUUAGAAAUCUUUCCCACAAAAAAACAUCUACAAGUUGAUAAGAUGUAAGAGAGGACCUGAAGAGAACCUAACAGAAAAAAAACAAGAUGGCUGCCUUAUCGAUAGACCCGGUGGAACAGCCAAGGAUGUACCAGCAAACCCUGCUUCAGGACGGCCUCUGUGACCUGCUGGAAAACCAGAAGUUUGUAGACUGUGUCUUGAAGAUCCAGGACAGGGAGUUCCCGUGCCACCGCUUGGUCCUCGCUGCCUCCAGCCCCUUCUUCAAGGCUAUGUUCCUGUCCAACCUGGAGGAAGGAGGGAAGAAGGAAAUCGUUCUGAAAGACGUGGAGCCUGGCGUCAUGGCGAUGAUACUGCGUUACAUCUACACCUCGGACAUCAACCUGACAGAGCAGAACGUCCAGGAUAUCUUCAUGGUGGCCAACAUGUACCAGAUCCCGUCCAUCUUCUCUGUCUGUGUCUCAUACCUACAGGAGAAGCUGGUCCUGGGGAACUGCUUGGCUAUCUUCAGGCUGGGGCUUCUGUUGGACUGUCCCCGUCUGGCUUUCACAGCUAGAGAGUUCAUCUGUGAGCGUUACCAGCUCAUCGUCAGGGACCAGGAUUUUCACCAGCUGGGCCCCAGCGAGCUGGCAGCCAUCAUCACCUCCGACGCACUCAACGUGGACCGAGAGGAGGUGGUGUUUGAGUCUCUGAUGGACUGGGUGGGCUACGACAGAACGGAGAGGGUGAAGGAGCUGCCAGAUCUCCUGCACUGCGUCCGCUUCCGCCUGAUCCCGGUGGAUUACUUCACGGAGAAGGUUGAAAAUCACAAGUGGAUUCAGGCCAACACGGAGGUCAAGAAAGAGCUGCAGCUGAUCAAAGACGCCCACAAAGGAAGACUCCCAGAGGUCCAGAGAUCAAGAAACAGGAAGUCCAAGAUGGCAGGUGACAAGGAAGAUGAAGACUCUGAUGAUGAGCAAGGUUUGCUUCCGGGGAUUCUGAACAAUAACCCUCGGUUUGGGAUGUUUGAGACGGACCUGAUCCUUAUGAUCAGCGACACGGGGAGCGUAGGGUAUGACCCGGUGGGGAACGAGUGUUUCGUGGCGUCUGAGUCGACAGAGAUCCCUAAGAACCACUGCAGUCUGGUAACCAAGGAGAACCAGGUGUUUGUGGCUGGAGGAUUCCUCCUCAACGAGGACAACAAGGAAGAACCACUCAGUUCCUACUUCUUACAGUUUGACCCUGUGAGCGGCGAGUGGCUGGGGAUGCCCUCACUGCCAGGACCUCGCUGCCUGUUUGGGCUGACUGAAGCAGAAAACUCCAUCUUUGUUGUGGGCGGCAAGGAAAUGAAAGAGGGAGAACACGUUCUAGACUCUGUUAUGAUCUAUGACAGACAGUCAUUUAAAUGGGGCGAGUCAGACCCUCUUCCAUACACAGUCUAUGGUCAUGGAACUGUCUCGCACAAUGGCCUUGUCUACGUCAUAGGAGGAAAGGCAGAGAGCAAGAAGUGCAUACGGAAGGUGUCUGUCUACAAUCCCACUAAGUUUGAGUGGAAGGAGCUAGCUCCUAUGAAGCUGGCUCGUUCUCUGUUCGCUGUGACGGUCCACAAUAACCAGAUCUACGUGGCCACGGGCGUUACAGACACAGGACUCACCAGCACUGUAGAGGUCUAUGACAUCGCUACAAACAAGUGGUCAGAGUUUGUAGAGUUUCCCCAGGAGCGUAGCUCCAUGAACAUGAUCAGCAUGGGAGAAUGUCUGUACGCUGUGGGCGGUUUCGCCAUGAUGCCCAGCGAGAUCAGCGACGAGCCACAGCCCACUGAGAUGAACGACAUCUGGAGAUUUGAGGAGGACUGCUGGAAUGGGAUUUUGAGAGAGAUCAGCUAUGCCGCAGGUGCCACGAUUCUCGCUGUAAAGCUCAAUACACUUCGUCUCACCAAGAUGUGAUCAGCUCUAUAACAUUUUUUUUUAAAGAACACUGGAGAUGUUCUCAAACCUAGAAUGCCAUGUGUUAGAACACGGCUGGAGGAAAUGCCAUGUGUUAGAACACGGCUGGAGGAAAUGCCAUGUGUUAGAACACGGCUGGAGGAAAUGCCAUGUGUUAGAACACGGCUGGAGGAAAUGCCAUGUGUUAGAACACGGCUGGAGGAAAUGCCAUGUGUUAGAACACGGCUGGAGGAAAUGCCAUGUGUUAGAACACGGCUGGAGGAAAUGCCAUGUGUUAGAACACGGCUGGAGGAAAUGCCAUGUGUUAGAACACGGCUGGAGGAAAAGCCUUCUACACCCCCAGUAACUCUUCAGCAGGACGGUUGACCACCGUUGCUACUCUUCUCAUGGCAAGGAGCCUCUUCAAAUAGGUUGCUAUGAAAGUUGUCUUUAUUCUACUGUAUCAAAAUGAACAAUUAGUUUAUUGGAACUGAGCUAAUGGUAAUUGUUUUGUGACAUUCUGUUCUUCUUUUGUUGUUUAACUUCUUUAUAUGAAGCACAAAUAAAGAUUAUUAAUGAA